AUGACAGACAACUCUGAACCUAAAAGACAUGUGUUAAUGAUAGACAACUAUGAUUCCUUUACAUGGAAUUUAUAUCAAUAUUUACAUCAAUCCAGCCGAUGUGGAAAGGUUGAUGUGUACAGAAAUGACAAAAUAGAUAUUGACACCAUUGAAAAUGAAAUCAAGCCAGAUAUAAUAUUCAUCUCACCUGGCCCUGGCCACCCUUUAACCGAUUCAGGUAUCUCAAGAGAUUUAAUUAGACACUUCAAGGGGAAAUUACCCAUAUUUGGAGUUUGUAUGGGCCAAGAAUGUAUUUUUGAUGUGUUUGGUGGUGAUGUUUCGUAUGCCGGUGAAAUCGUGCAUGGUAAAACAACUACUAUCAAACAUGACGGUAGGGGAAUGUUUGAAGAUGUGCCACAAUCAGUGGCUGUUACUAGAUACCACUCGCUUGCUGGUAGUGAAAAGACAUUGCCUGAUGUUUUGGAAGUCACUGCUGUCACUGAAACAGAACCAGAAGUAAUUAUGGGAGUUAGACACAAGAAGUAUACUAUUGAAGCAGUACAAUUCCAUCCUGAGUCCAUUUUAACCGAGUCUGGACAAUUAAUGAUUGAUAACAUUUUAGGAGUACACGGAGGCACCUGGGACGAAAACAAAGCUUACAAGUUGAAGCAUAAAGAAGAGGUGACGAAGAAAUCGUUUGCCAAAAAUGAAAAUAUUUUAACUACAAUUUACAAAAAGAGAAAAGAGGAUUACGAAAUGAUAGAGAAUUUGCCUGGUCGUUCGUUCCAAAACUUGGAAAUUGCCUUAUCGUUGGGUGCAGCUCCACCAAUUAUCAAUUUUUAUGAUCGUCUUAAGUACACCCAAGAUGAACUUCAGCAAACCAUCAUUUUAUCCGAAUUUAAAAGAGCUAGUCCAUCUAAAGGUGACAUCAAUACAAAUGCACAUGCAGGUACCCAAGCCUUAACGUAUGCCAUCAAUGGAGCUUCAGCAAUUUCCAUCUUGACUGAACCAACUUGGUUUAAAGGAUCAAUUGAGGAUUUAUCGUUGGUUCGUAAAGUUAUUGACAGUCCGGCAACGCAAAAAGUAAGUAAUUACAAACGACCAGCGGUAUUGAGGAAAGAAUUCAUAUUCAACAAGUACCAGAUAUUGGAAGCUAGAUUAGCUGGUGCCGAUACUGUUUUACUUAUUGUCAAGAUGUUGAAAGAUGUAAAAUUAUUACAAGAGUUGUAUGCAUACUCUUUGGAAUUGGGAAUGGUGCCAUUAGUUGAAGUGAAUGAUGAUGCAGAAUUGACUCAAGCUUUGAAAUUAACCUACCAAAAUGACACUAAAGAGCCAUUGAUUAUUGGAGUUAAUAAUCGUAACUUGACCAAUUUCAGCGUCAAUUUACAAACUACUAGUUCAUUAGUGGAGCACGCAAAGGGAAGCCAAAAUGGCAGAAAUGGUGAUGUCUUGGUGUUGGCGUUAUCGGGAAUCACCAGUGUUGAUGAUGUCAAGAAGUACAAGUAUGAAGAUGAUGUUGAUGGGUUCUUGAUUGGUGAAAGUUUAAUGAGAGCUGAAGCAAAUGGUAAAGCCGGUGAAUUCUUGCAUGAUUUAUGUAGCUGUUAG